CCCCAGCCCUAAGAUAGCCCGUCCUCCCUAAAGAAGCAGAAGAGACGUCGUCCCCCCCCACCAAAAAAGCCAUCCCCCCGUUCUGCCCCGUCGCACAUUCGGCUCCUGCGACUCGGUCAGAGCGGCGCUGGCAGAGGAGUGCCCGGCAGAAGGGCCUUCGCCCGCUGUUCGGUUUGCAAACCCGCAGCAGGGAGGUGGGCGGCAGCGUCGCCGGCUUCCAGUUACCAAUGGGGAUCCCAGUGGGGAAGUCGAUGUUGGUGCUUCUCAUCUCUUUGGCCUUCGCCUUGUGCUGCAUUGCUGCUUACCGCCCCAGCGAGACCCUGUGCGGAGGGGAGCUUGUUGACACGCUUCAGUUUGUCUGUUCGGACCGCGGCUUUUACUUCAGCAGGCCUUCAAGCCGUGCCAACCGUCGCAGCCGUGGCAUCGUGGAAGAGUGUUGCUUCCGCCGCUGCGACCUGAACCUCCUGGAGACAUACUGUGCCACCCCCGCCAAGUCCGAGAGGGAUGUGUCAACUCUUGAGCCCAUUCUUCCGGACGACUUCCCCAGAUACCCCGUGGGCAAGUUUUUCCAAUACGACACCUGGAGAAAGUCCGCCCAACGCCUGCGCAGAGGCCUGCCUGCCCUCCUGCGUGCCCGCCGGGGUCGCAUGCUCGCCAGAGAACUCCAAGCGUUCAGAGAGGCCAACCGUCACCGUCCCCUGAUCGCCUUACCACCCAAAGAUCCCGCCCACGGGGGAGCCUCUUCGGAGAUGUCCAGCAAUCAUCAGUGAACCAAAUUGUUUGGUAAUUCUGCAAUGUAACACCAUCAUUCUGUGACCUCCUCUUGAGCAGGGACAGUUCCAUCACGUCUCACACUAAGAUCUCUCUGCACCACUUCCUCCCCUAGGCUUCUCCCCACCUACCCCCAUGCCCCGCCUCCCCAUGUCAGGCUGCUCCCCUGGCCCCAUACCAUCGGGCAACUCUUCAAAACUAAAUUGAUUGGCUCUAAACAACCCAAAUACCCCCCCCAAAUUGUUCUAAAAGAAAAACUUUAAAACAUACAGUCCCUUUAAAAAACAAAUUGACUUUAAAUUGGCUCUAAACAACCCAAGUAACUCCCUCCCCAAAUUGAUCUAAAAGAAAAACUUUAAAACAUACCGUCCCUUUAAAAAACAAAUUGGCUUUGGAUUGGCUCUAAACAACCCAAGUAACUCCCCCAAAUUGUUCUAAAAGAAAAACUUUAAAACAUACAGUCCCUUUAAAAAACAAAUUGGCUUUUUAGAAACACCAGAACUGUUAACUUAAAAAUUUAAUAACUAAAAAAAAUCAAUUGGCUAAAAACAUACUAAAAAUUAAUUGGCUUAAAAACAAUUGGCAAAAUAAUAUAAUUGGCGCCCCCCCCCUUCCUCUUCUUCCCAUUUGGAUCUUUAGUCAAAUUGGCUUAGACUUGGAUCUCAGAACCCAAGAAGAAAGGAAGGGGACCCAAAGUUUUCCAGGUGGCAUGUCAUUACUUCAGUGCUAUCUCCUUGUCACCACAUAGAUAGAGCGCCUUAGCGCAAGCUGAGAACAACAGCCACCCAAACUUUCUUUACUGGCCAUUCCAUCCUAGAUGUCACCAUGUCACCACAGGGCUGGGUGAAAAGAAAGAACACAAGAAGAGGAACAGAGCAUGGAAACUGAAAACAAAACUUAAUUGGCAUAAGUCCCCCAAUCCCAAAAUCUUAUUUUUUGGUACCUAGCUAAAAUGCAGAUGUUUUUACUUAUCCCUAUAGACACACACACAAACACAAGUAUGCGCCAUAUAUGCACACACAUAAGCACACUCACUUACAUACUUACACACACCCCUCACAAUUAGAUGAGAACAUUGAAAUGGCUGAAUAGCUCCUAUUCAGACCACAUUGCCCAAACCAAGAUUCAUUCCCAAUUUGCAAAGCAGUUUGCAUGGUUUGAGCUCCCCUCCCAGUCCAUCUAGUUUCUGCUGCUGCUUGUGGGCCCUGUGUAUGACCAGGCUGUAAGUUCCAUCUUUCCCAGAGAAGGAGGUGUUCCUACAAGGCUCACUUCCAUCGGGGCGCCUGUCCCCAGGGACCCCUACAGCAUGAGCCCAGUGCUCCCCAGCCCCCCACCCGGUGUGGGCCAAUGCCUAUCCACCUUGUAUGUUGGCCUCCUCCAGUGUAGAAUAAGUUUGGCCUGAUAAGGAGAUAGCACUGCCAAGUAAGACAUGCCACCCGAGUAGCCUGACCCCUGGGUGUGUUCCAGGAGGAAAGAUCUGGGGAACAUCCCCUGCCCUGAGCACACCUAUGGGCCAUCUCUGUCAGUCUCCUGGGGAGCCCCCACAUUUUAGGGGCUCCCCAGGAGACUCACACUGAUGGUGGGGAGUGUGGGAAGUU